UCAAAUUAGAGCCAUUCGUCCAAUCUUUAUACAACAUGGUCAGGCUUUUUACUUUUGGUGCUCUUUCUGCUUUGCUUUUUGCUACUGUGCAAGGUGUUGAUCUGAAUCGUUACGUGACAGUCGGUCGUGAUCAAAAGUGUGGUGUUACCCGUGGUAAUUCAGCUGAAGGUACUUUCUUGACCAUCCAUUUAAAUUGUGGUCCAAACUUGGAAUGCAAGAAUGGGUAUUGUGCUUUCAAGUCUCAUCUUUCUCCGGGCACCGUUUCAUGUAAAAAUGCGUUGGCCAAGAAUGGUUACAAAGGCUAUGUAGCUAUCUCUAAAAACUAUUGUUAUGUCGAUAAUGAAUGUAAAGAUCUGUAUUAUGCUGCCGAAGGUGGAAGAUAUGAGGACGCUGAUAAAAUCUGUAACGAUUGUGGCAAAUAUUGUGUCAAGUUUUGAUAAGGAAGUCUUUUGUUUCUAUUUUUUGAGCCAGUCUUUCGUUCGGCUAAGAUUGGCUCGUAGUUUGUUGUUUGUUGAUCAAUAAAUAGCUAUUUUGAAAUAUA